AUGGUGUUGGCAGAACCCACAGUCACGGUUCUGGGCCCGGAUCCCUCCCACCGGGCGUUUGUACUCAAUGGCAACGCCUUCCAGCAAGAUGCCAUCACUUCCUUCGCUGGCUGGCAAUACGCAGCCUUCUACAGCUACCUCUCUCCGGAUGCCCCGACCGAGCCGCUAUACGUCCACUUGGCCCGGAGGAAGCUGCCUCUUGGGGCGUGGCAGGUUCUGGUCUUUGAUGACUACAAGCAGAUUGUAGACGAUGGCCAUAACACGGUCCAGAUCGGUGUCUGCCCGGGGGAUGGCACCAUCCACCUGUCUUAUGACCACCAUUGUGACACCCUUCGGUAUCGAUACUCGGCAGCCAAGGGGCUUGCCAAGCACCCCGAGCGCUUCGAGUGGAAGCCCGACCUCUUCACGCCGACGCUCGACCACCUGCCCGGCCUGCCCAGCACGCACGAGCACUUCGGCUACGUGACGUACCCCCGCUUCGGUCCCAUGGGGGACGAUCUGUUCUGCUCCUUCCGCGACGGCAAGGCCGGGCUGGGAGACGACCACCUGUACCUGUACAGCGCCGCCGCGGGCCGCUUCCGCUACGUCGGUGCGCACCUGACGGGCGUCCGGAGCAACCCGUACGUGCACGGCAUGGACUGGCGCGACGGCCGCCUCCACGUCACGUGGGUGUACCGCGGCUUCGUGGCGUACGACGGGUGGGACGACCCGCUGGACACGAAGCACAAGCGGCAGGCGGGACCGAACGGCGCCGAGAACAACCACGACAUUUGCUACGCGUACAGCGAUGACAAGGGGUCGAGCUGGCGGAACGGCCGGGGCGAGGUCGUCGCGUCGCUGGAGGCGGGCGGGACUGUGAGGAAUGAUUGCGAGGGCAUCGUCGCGGUCGAGAUACCCAAGGGCCGCGGGCUGACGAACCAGGAAUCCCAGGCCGUCGACCCCGAAGGCGGCGUGCACGUCCUGAACCGGGAUGACUUGGAUGGCGAACUCGUCUGGAAGCACUACUAUCGAUCACCGGAAGGUCAAUGGUCACAACGGCCCAUCGGGUCCGUCAAGCCCACCAAGCGCGGCCGGCUGGCCAUCAGCCGCGACGGCGAUCUCUUCGCCGUGCUUCCGGAUCCGUCGACUGCGGAGAUGUACAUCGUGAGAGCGACGAAAGCGAGCAAUUACUCGGUGCAGGAAGAAGUCUGGGUCGGGAGGGGCCUGUCGGGGGAGCCCUUGGUCGACGUCCAGAGGCUGGAGCAUGACAAUGUCUUGUCGUUGUUCGUGAGGGCCGACGUUGAGGGUGCGGCUGAGAAGAAGAACGUGGUGGUUAUGGACUUUGCACUGUGA